UUGUACACUACGUAGUCUCUGUUGGAAAGGAAGUAAUGAAGAACUUGCACUAGCUAGACUACUUUUUCUGUGAGAGAAUCUUGAUAUUAAAAAAAUCACGAUGCAAAAUCCGGACUCGGGACAGGGAGAAUCCACCAAGAAUGCAUCUGGGUCGGUCCAUUCCGAUAAUAAUGCAACGAAUAGCGGAGAAAUUAAGCCACCGGGUUUUGACGCUGUAUCGGUUCUUUGGACAUUUGGCAAGUGCCUAGGUGCCUUGCUGCCCGUGUACCUUGUAGGAUACUACCGGGUUAGCGCCAGUUUUUUGGUUUUCGGGCUUAUGGUCUACACGGGAUGGAGGCACUCGCGCGAGGCAAAAGAAGCUCGUCUGCGGUCCGCCAUUCACCACUAUGACAACGAGAAACAAUAUACAUCCAUGAAAAUUUUCAGAAGUAAAAAGGAUCUCCCUGCUUGGGUCAACUUCCCAGAUGUGGAGAAGGUGGAGUGGCUCAAUAAGAUUCUGCAGCAGGUGUGGCCAUUUGUGGGUCAGUAUCUGGAAAAGUUGCUGGUGGAGACCAUCGCUCCCUCCAUCCGUUCCUCCAGCACUCACCUCCAGACCCUCACCUUCACCAAGGUGGACUUUGGGGACAAGGCCAUGAAGGUUGUGGGUGUGAAAGCACACACAGAGAAUGAGAGGGGACAAGUUCUGCUGGACGUGUACAUCAGCUAUGUUGGAAACGUUGAGAUUAAUGUGGAGGUGAAGAGGUAUUUCUGCAAAGCAGGAGUCAAGGGAAUACAGCUGCAUGGGAUGAUGAGGGUGAUUCUAGAGCCUCUGAUUGGAGAUGUCCCCAUCGUGGGUGCGGUCACCAUGUUCUUCAUCCGCAGGCCUAAACUGGACAUCAACUGGACUGGAUUGACCAACUUACUGGACAUCCCUGGCCUGAACAUCAUGUCUGACACUAUGAUAAUGGACGCCAUCGCCUCCUUCCUGGUUCUGCCCAACCGCCUGACUGUUCCCCUGGUAGCAGACCUGCACGUUGCCCAGCUACGCUCUCCUCUGCCCAGGGGUGUGGUACGUAUCCACCUCUUGGAGGCUGAUGACCUGCCAGCUAAGGACAACUACAUGAAGGGAGUGAUAGCGGGGUUGUCUGACCCGUAUGCUCUGUGUAGGGUGGGGCCUCAGACUUUCACCUCCCACGUUGUGGACAACACUGUCUGUCCCAAGUGGGGAGAGAUGUAUGAGGUCAUAGUCCAUGAAGUACCAGGUCAGGAGCUGGAGGUGGAGGUUUAUGACAAAGACCCAGACAAUGAUGACUUUCUGGGGAGAACCAAGAUAGAUUUGGGUAUCGUGAAGAAGUCCAAAGUUGUUGAUGAAUGGUUCACCCUGAAAGAAACCAAGUCAGGACGUGUCCAUUUCAGACUGGAGUGGUUGGUCUUGUUGCCCAAUACGGAGCGACUGGAACAGGUUCUUCAGAGGAACGAGAGCAUGACAGUGUCCAGUAAGACUUCUGACCCCCCCUCUGCAGCUAUCUUGGCAGUGUAUCUAGACAAGGCUGAAGCCCUUCCUAUGAAGAAGGGCAAUAAAGAACCUAGUCCCAUGGUGCAGUUGUCUGUACAGGACAUCACUCGAGAGAGCAGGACCUGUUGGACGACCAUCAACCCAAAAUGGGAGGAUGCCUUCACCUUCUUUAUCCCAGAUCCACACAAGCAGUCAAUAGACAUUCAGGUGAAGGACAAUGACCGGAUACAGACUCUAGGUAGUCUGUCCAUCCCUCUGUCCCGCCUGCUGUCGGGCCCCAACCUGUCUCUGGACCAGUGGUUCCAGCUAGAUAAAUCUGGCCCUGCCAGCCGCAUCUACAUCAACACUGUACUCAGGGUGUUAUGGUUAGAUGAGGAAAACAUCCCCACUUCCUCUACAGAAGCAGCCAACCUAGCAGCAGGUCUCUCAAAGAUACGCCCCCAACAGACCUCCCCAGACCCCAGCUUUGCCACAGAGGGGGUGCUGAGAAUCCACCUUCUAGAGGGCCAAAAUCUGGUCCCCAAGGACAACAUGAUGGGGGGCAUGGUGAAGGGCAAGAGUGACCCCUAUGUCAAGAUCAACAUUGGGGGUGAGACCUUUGAAAGCCGAGUCAUCAAUAGGAACCUCAACCCCACCUGGAACGAGAUGUAUGAGGUGGUUCUGACCACACUGCCUGGCCAGGAGCUGCAUGUAGAGCUAUUUGAUAAGGACAUGGACAUGAAGGAUGACUUCAUGGGAAGGUUGAAGAUCAGUCUGAAGGAUAUCAUCACCUCUCAAUACACUGACCAGUGGUACACUCUGAAUGAUGUGAAGUCAGGUCGCCUUCACCUGGUACUGGAGUGGGUACCAACAGUAUCACAACCAGACAGACUGGAUCAGGUGUUCCAGUUUCAGUCCAGGCAGUCUUACCACAACAAAGCCUUUCCAUCCAUGGCUCUACUGUUUGUGUUUGUGGAGAGGGCUGACGGCCUACCCCUGAAGAAAAGUGGGAAGGAGCCAAAAGUGGGAGCUGAACUUGUUGUGGGGGGGACCUCCCAUAAAACGACGGUGUGUGAUCGCACCAUCUCACCCCAGUGGGACGAGGCUUUUUACUUCCUGGUUCAUGACCCCAGAGAGGAGAUCCUCAUAGUGAAGUUGUCUCACAGUUGGACCUUGCCUAUUGGUUCUCUGGUGGUACCAGUCAGAGAGCUGCUGUCAGAACCAGAUCUGGUCCUGGAUCAGUGGCUGAGUCUGGAUGGAGCCUCACCUGACAGUCAGAUUCUACUGAGGGCUGAACUGAAGGUGCUGUGUCCCAAGAAGUGUGAGAUUGAUGUGGAGAGGGCAGAUCAACCCAGAGCUCGAGCCGCCUCUAAUGCUGAACAGAGUCUGGAGAGAGACACAGUGCAGCAGAGGUGUAUUUCAGUGGACACUCCCAGUGCUCCAUCCCCCAGCCCUUCCUCUAUCCCAGCACCAGUACCAGAGCCAGAGGAGGCUAAGAGGGUAACAGUUACUGAGAUGGUACCUGAGGAGGUCACUGAGGAACCCUGUCUUCCUGGAACACUCCCAACACACACCAACCCUGAGCCCAGCUUUGGCUCUGAGGGGGUGCUGAGAAUCCACCUACUGGAGGCCCAGAAUCUAAUCGCCAAGGACAAUCUGAUGGGGGGCCUGAAGAAGGGCAAGAGUGACCCGUACGUCAAGAUCAACAUCGGAGGGGUCAAGUUUAAGAGUCAUGUGAUCAAGGAGAACCUCAACCCCACCUGGAACGAGAUGUAUGAGACGGUGAUGACCCCACAGUCAGAUCAGGAGGUCCAGGUAGAGCUGUAUGAUAAAGACAUGGACAAGGAUGACUUCCUGGGCAGGUGUAACAUCAGUAUGAGAGACAUCAUACACUCCCAGUAUACAGACCAGUGGUACACUCUGAAUGAUGUGAAGUCAGGUCGUGUUCACCUGGUACUGGAGUGGGUACCAACAGUAUCACAACCAGACAGACUGGAUCAGGUGCUACAGCUGCAGUCUCUCCAGUCCUACCAGAACAAGGCGGUUCCCUCUGCUGCUCUGCUCUUCGUCUACAUGGACAGAGCCCACUCACUGCCUUUGAAGAAGAGUGGGAAGGAGCCAAAGGCUGGAGCUGAGCUUGUUCUGGGAGAGACAACAUAUAGAACCAAGGUAUGUGAUCGUACCAACUCCCCCCAAUGGGAAGAGGCUUUCUACUUCCUGGUUCGUGACCCCAGAGAGGAGAUUCUCAUAGUGAAGCUCUCCAGUGCUUGGGAUCAGGCGAUGGGUUCUCUGGUGGUACCAGUCAGAGAGCUGUUGUCAGAACCAGAUCUGGUCCUGGAUCAUUGGCUGAGUCUGGAUGGAGCCUCACCUGACAGUCAGAUUCUACUGAGGGCUGAACUGAAGAUCCUGAACUCGAAGAUGACUGAGGGUGUUGGGGUACCACAAGGCUCUGACUCAGGUCCAGAAACUAUUACUAGUUGGAGUUACAGUGAGGAGGAAGAACCAAUCACUAUUGAGCAGCCAGUUACUGCGACUAUUGAGGAGGACCAAGACAGUGAGGUGCCCUCUGAGGAAUCUGUUGCAGUCUCUAGCCAACCCUCUAUCUCUGAACCUGAGGAAGUAGAGGUUGUCUUUGAGGUCCCUAAAGAAGACCCCAGCCCUCCUGAGACACUCCACACCCCUGACCCCAGCUUUGAAACUGAGCAGAAAGAGGAGCCAGAAGAACCUAUCACCGUCACCCAACUGUCAGUCACAGCAGACACUGAGGAGCUCCAACCCUGGCAGGGGCCAACGGCAGGAUCUGUUACAGAGGACAUUGCCAGAGCUACAGUGUCUAGCCUUCCUUCUGUGUCUGUACCCGAGGAAGCUGAGGUCAUGCCUGAUGUCAUCCCUGAAACACGCCCUCCUCACACUACCCCUCACCCAAGUUUUGGCACUGAGGGGGUGCUGAGAAUCCAUGUACUGGAGGCCCAGGAUCUGGUUGCCAUGGAUAAGCUGAUGGGAGGCCUGAAGAAGGGCAAGAGUGACCCCUAUGUCAAGAUCAACAUCGGAGUGGUCAAGUUUAAGAGUCAUGUAAUCAAGGAGAACCUCAACCCCACCUGGAACGAGAUGUUUGAGACGGUGCUGAACCCCCAGGCUGGUCAGGAGGUCCAGGUAGAGCUGUAUGAUAAAGACAUGGAUGCGGAUGACUUCCUGGGAAGGUUUAUGAUGAGGCUGAGUGAUGUCAUCAGUUCCCAGUACACAGACCAGUGGUACACUCUGAAUGAUGUGAAGUCAGGUCGUCUUCACCUGGUACUGGAGUGGGUACCAACAGUAUCUCAACCAGACAGACUGAAUAAGGUGCUGCAGCUACAGUCUCUCCAGUCCUACCAGAACAAGGCUGUUCCCUCUGCUGCUCUGCUUUUCGUCUACAUGGACAGAGCCCACUCACUGCCUUUGAAGAAGAGUGGGAAGGAGCCAAAGGCUGGAGCUGAGCUUGUUCUGGGAGAGACAACAUAUAGAACCAAGGUAUGUGAUCGUACCAACUCCCCCCAAUGGGAAGAGGCUUUCUACUUCCUGGUUCGAGACCCCAGAGAGGAGAUUCUCAUAGUGAAGCUCUCCAGUGCUUGGGAUCAGGCGAUGGGUUCUCUGGUGGUACCAGUCAGAGAGCUGCUGUCAGAACCAGAUCUAGUCCUGGAUCAGUGGCUGAGUCUGGAUGGAGCCUCACCUGACAGUCAGAUUCUACUGAGGGCUGAGCUUAAGAUCCUGAACUCGAAGAUGACUGAGGGUGUUGGGGUACCACAAGGCUCUGUCUCAGGUCCAGAAAUUAUUAUGAGUGGGAGUUACAGUGAGGAGAAGGAACAAAUGACCAUUGAGCAGCCAGUUACUGCAACAAUUGGGGAGAAGCAACACAGUGAGGUGCCCUCUGAGGAAUCUGUUGCAGUCUCCAGCCAACCCUCUAUCUCUGAACCUGAAGAAGCAGAGGUGGUCUUUGAGGUCCCCAAAGAAGACCCCAGCCCUCCUGAGACACUCCCACCACACACCACCCCUGACCGCAGCUUUGAUACUGAGAUAGAGGAGCCAGAAGAAACUGAGGAACCUAUCACCCAACUGUCAGUCACAGCAGACACUGAGGAGCUCCAACCCUGGCAGGGUCCAACGGCAGGAUCUGUUACAGAGGACAUUGCCAGAGCUACAGUGUCUAGCCUUCCUUCUGUGUCUGUACCUGAGGAAGCUGAGGUCAUGCCUGAUGUCAUCCCUGAAACACGCCCUCCUCACACUACCCCUCACCCAAGUUUUGGCACUGAGGGGGUGCUGAGAAUCCAUGUACUGGAGGCCCAGGAUCUGGUUGCCAUGGAUAAGCUGAUGGGGGGCCUGAAGAAGGGCAAGAGUGACCCCUAUGUCAAGAUCAACAUCGGAGUGGUCAAGUUUAAGAGUCGUGUGAUCAAGGAGAACCUCAACCCCACCUGGAACGAGAUGUUUGAGACGGUGCUGAACCCCCAGGCUGGUCAGGAGGUCCAGGUAGAGCUGUAUGAUAAAGACAUGGAUGCGGAUGACUUCCUGGGAAGGUUUAUGAUGAGGCUGAGUGAUGUCAUCAGUUCCCAGUACACAGACCAGUGGUACACUCUGAAUGAUGUGAAGUCAGGUCGUCUUCACCUGGUACUGGAGUGGGUACCAACAGUAUCUCAACCAGACAGACUGAAUAAGGUGCUGCAGCUACAGUCUCUCCAGUCCUACCAGAACAAGGCUGUUCCCUCUGCUGCUCUGCUUUUCGUCUACAUGGACAGAGCCCACUCACUGCCUUUGAAGAAGAGUGGGAAGGAGCCAAAGGCUGGAGCUGAGCUUGUUCUGGGAGAGACAACAUAUAGAACCAAGGUAUGUGAUCGUACCAACUCCCCCCAAUGGGAAGAGGCUUUCUACUUCCUGGUUCGAGACCCCAGAGAGGAGAUUCUCAUAGUGAAGCUCUCCAGUGCUUGGGAUCAGGCGAUGGGUUCUCUGGUGGUACCAGUCAGAGAGCUGCUGUCAGAACCAGAUCUAGUCCUGGAUCAGUGGCUGAGUCUGGAUGGAGCCUCACCUGACAGUCAGAUUCUACUGAGGGCUGAGCUUAAGAUCCUGAACUCGAAGAUGACUGAGGGUGUUGGGGUACCACAAGGCUCUGUCUCAGGUCCAGAAAUUAUUAUGAGUGGGAGUUACAGUGAGGAGAAGGAACAAAUGACCAUUGAGCAGCCAGUUACUGCAACAAUUGGGGAGAAGCAACACAGUGAGGUGCCCUCUGAGGAAUCUGUUGCAGUCUCCAGCCAACCCUCUAUCUCUGAACCUGAAGAAGCAGAGGUGGUCUUUGAGGUCCCCAAAGAAGACCCCAGCCCUCCUGAGACACUCCCACCACACACCACCCCUGACCGCAGCUUUGAUACUGAGAUAGAGGAGCCAGAAGAAACUGAGGAACCUAUCACCCAACUGUCAGUCACAGCAGACACUGAGGAGCUCCAACCCUGGCAGGGUCCAACGGCAGGAUCUGUUACAGAGGACAUUGCCAGAGCUACAGUGUCUAGCCUUCCUUCUGUGUCUGUACCUGAGGAAGCUGAGGUCAUGCCUGAUGUCAUCCCUGAAACACGCCCUCCUCACACUACCCCUCACCCAAGUUUUGGCACUGAGGGGGUGCUGAGAAUCCAUGUACUGGAGGCCCAGGAUCUGGUUGCCAUGGAUAAGCUGAUGGGGGGCCUGAAGAAGGGCAAGAGUGACCCCUAUGUCAAGAUCAACAUCGGAGUGGUCAAGUUUAAGAGUCGUGUGAUCAAGGAGAACCUCAACCCCACCUGGAACGAGAUGUUUGAGACGAUGCUGAACCCCCAGGCUGGUCAGGAGGUCCAGGUAGAGCUGUAUGAUAAAGACAUGGAUGCGGAUGACUUCCUGGGAAGGUUUAUGAUGAGGCUGAGUGAUGUCAUCAGUUCCCAGUACACAGACCAGUGGUACACUCUGAAUGAUGUGAAGUCAGGUCGUCUUCACCUGGUACUGGAGUGGGUACCAACAGUAUCACAACCAGACAGACUGAAUAAGGUGCUGCAGCUACAGUCUCUCCAGUCCUACCAGAACAAGGCUGUUCCCUCUGCUGCUCUGCUUUUCGUCUACAUGGACAGAGCCCACUCACUGCCUUUGAAGAAGAGUGGGAAGGAGCCAAAGGCUGGAGCUGAGCUUGUUCUGGGAGAGACAACAUAUAGAACCAAGGUAUGUGAUCGUACCAACUCCCCCCAAUGGGAAGAGGCUUUCUACUUCCUGGUUCGAGACCCCAGAGAGGAGAUUCUCAUAGUGAAGCUCUCCAGUGCUUGGGAUCAGGCGAUGGGUUCUCUGGUGGUACCAGUCAGAGAGCUGCUGUCAGAACCAGAUCUAGUCCUGGAUCAGUGGCUGAGUCUGGAUGGAGCCUCACCUGACAGUCAGAUUCUACUGAGGGCUGAGCUUAAGAUCCUGAACUCGAAGAUGACUGAGGGUGUUGGGGUACCACAAGGCUCUGUCUCAGGUCCAGAAAUUAUUUUGAGUGGGAGUUACAGUGAGGAGAAGAAACAAAUUACCAUUGAACAGCCAGUUACUGCAACAAUUGGGGAGAAGCAACACAGUGAGGUGCCCUCUGAGGAAUCUGUUGCAGUCUCCAGCCAACCCUCUAUCUCUGAACCUGAGGAAGCAGAGGUGGUCUUUGAGGUCCCCAAAGAAGACCCCAGCCCUCCUGAGACACUCCCACCACACACCUCCCCUGACCACAGCUUUGAUACUGAGAUAGAGGAGCCAGAAGAAACUGAGGAACCUAUCACCCAACUGUCAGUCACAGCAGACACUGAGGAGCUCCAACCCUGGCAGGGUCCAACGGCAGGAUCUGUUACAGAGGACAUUGCCAGAGCUACAGUGUCUAGCCUUCCUUCUGUGUCUGUACCUGAGGAAGCUGAGGUCAUGCCUGAUGUCAUCCCUGAAACACGCCCUCCUCACACUACCCCUCACCCAAGUUUUGGCACUGAGGGGGUGCUGAGAAUCCAUGUACUGGAGGCCCAGGAUCUGGUUGCCAUGGAUAAGCUGAUGGGGGGCCUGAAGAAGGGCAAGAGUGACCCCUAUGUCAAGAUCAACAUCGGAGUGGUCAAGUUUAAGAGUCGUGUGAUCAAGGAGAACCUCAACCCCACCUGGAACGAAAUGUUUGAGACGGUGCUGAACCCCCAGGCUGGUCAGGAGGUCCAGGUAGAGCUGUAUGAUAAAGACAUGGAUGCGGAUGACUUCCUGGGAAGGUUUAUGAUGAGGCUGAGUGAUGUCAUCAGUUCCCAGUACACAGACCAGUGGUACACUCUGACUGAUGUGAAGUCAGGUCGUCUUCACCUGGUACUGGAGUGGGUACCAACAGUAUCACAACCAGACAGACUGGAUCAGGUGCUGCAGCUACAGUCUCUCCAGUCCUACCAGAACAAGGCUGUUCCCUCUGCUGCUCUGCUCUUCGUCUACAUGGACAGAGCCCACUCACUGCCUAUGAAGAAGAGUGGGAAGGAGCCAAAGGCUGGAGCUGAGCUUGUUCUGGUGGAGACAACAUAUAGAACAAAGGUGUGUGAUCGCACCAACUCCCCCCAGUGGGAUGAGGCUUUCUACUUUCUGGUUCGUGAUCCCAAAGAAGAGAUGCUCAUAGUGAAGCUCUCCAGUGCUUGGGAUCAGGCGAUGGGCUCUCUGGUGGUACCAGUCAGAGAGCUACUGUCACAACCAGAUCUGGUCCUGGAUCAGUGGCUGAGUCUGGAUGGAGCCUCACCUGACAGUCAGAUUCUACUGAGGGCUGAACUCAAGAUUCUGGAAUCUAAAAUGGUGGACCUGAUAGGUCAUGGAAUUCUUCCGUGUGCUGCAGGAAACUGUGGACAGGUGAAGCUGUCUCUCUCCUAUGCCUCAAAGAAGAAGAAACUGACCAUCAUAGUCCAUGCCUGCAGGGAUCUGGAGUCGUCCAGUAAAGAUGGUCUAGACACCUACGUCUCCCUCGUGCUGCUGCCCGACAAAAACAAGGCCACCAAGAGGAAGACAAGCAUCAAGAAGAGAGACCUCAACCCAGAAUAUAACGAAAGGUUUGAGUUUGAGCUGUCUGUGGAGGAGGCCAGGCGCAGGCAUCUGAGUGUCUCAGUGAAGAACAGCAAAGCCUCCUUCAGGAGCAGCGAUCUCAUUGGACAGGUGCAGAUAGAGCUGGCUCAGAUUGACCUGGCCUCAGGGGUCACAGAAUGGUUUGACUUGAAACAGGAAGCUGAAUAGUGGAUCUGUCAUACCACAGGGUUAAAGUUCACCUGUACAGCCUAACUCACGCCGAUGCCUUCCCCCACCUACCACUGCUGCAGCCUUCCCUGUCCUAUCACCUGUUAAUGUCUCUCUCUAAAUAUCCACAUAUCAAUAUUAUCACUAAAGACAGGGCUCAAUAGGUCAGAACCUGGAUUGAUCCAGGAGAAAGUCUGUAUUAUAUAGUUUCAUCUGAAGUUUAUACCUAGUAUUAAUAGUUAAGGUCAAAAUGUGUACAUACUUAUGAAAAGGUUGAAGGUUAUACCUGCAUACUUUAAGAACUGAUGAGGGUUAUACCCGUUUAUUAAGGUUACUUUUGAAGUUUACAUUAAUAACUUGUUAGGGAUAUUUGAAGAUUAUGUACGUUAAAGGUUAAUGUACUAAUGAACGAUAGCUACAUGCAUUUAUCUUGCUAAAGUAAUAUCAGUAAGGAAGGAGUUAAUAUUAUCAAGGUAAAGAGACUCUUGCCUGAUCCAGGAAGUGAAUAGGGACCAGCAUGCGUUGUCAGUAUACGGUAUCAGAUUGGUAUUAUCAAAUAACUUGUAAGCAAAGUAACAAUAAUUUUGGAAGAUAUCAGCGAAUUCCAUUAUAUUAUGGAAUGAUGUUUGCUGUGGAAAAUUGUUAAGUAUGUUAAUACUAAUAGAAGGAUAAUGAGGAAGUCAAAUGUUAAGUAUAGUAUGAGUCCUUGCGGAUUGAGAGAGAAAAAUCAGGUCCGGGACAAGGUAGCACGUCCGGUGAACAGUACACUUUAACCCAAGUCUUUUACUCAGUGUCUAGUCAGGAACCUCCCUUAUUAAAAGAGCAUUGAUUUUACUUUGCCUUAUGUUAUCACAGAGACUUCUAUAGUAUAUACUGUACCAAUGGGGCGGCAGGGUAGCCUAGUGGUUAGAGCGUUGGACUAGUAACCGAAAGGUUGCAAGUUGAAAUCCCUGAGCUGACUAGGUACAAAUCUGUCAUUCUGCCCCUGAACAGGGCAAUGCACAUAUAUUCAUCCUUUCUAACAGGGUUGUGCUCAUUUCAGAAUGAAAGCAAUGCCUCAAAUUCCAAUCAAAUUUGUGAAUUUUAAUUGAAGUAGUAAAUGGGAUAUAUUCUUUGGUAUCCUGAAGUGUGACUUUCAGAUUCAAUUCAAUUUCAACGUAUGUUUUAUGACUGAAAAGAAUGUAUUUCAAUUGCACUGAAUUCAAUUCAAAUCUGAAAAAGAUGAUCCUAAAAUCAGUGUGCAGUCAAAUAAAGUUUUUGCACCCCAAAAA